AUGGCGGCGCCACAACCUCGAGCGGCCCUCACUAUUCACCACCUCCGCCGCCACCUCGUCCUCGUCGUGUUCACCGUGGCUGCCGCGGCAACACGAGGCGCUAGCACGCACACAACAGCGGCAUCAUCCGCACCGAGCGCAGCGAUCGAGAGUCCAUCGCCGGCGACGGCGUCCUUCCUCCGCGCACGCUGCGCCACCACGCUGUACCCGGCGCUCUGCUACAACUCCCUCCUCCCAUACGCAUCCGAGGUCCACGAAAGCCCCGCCCGUCUCGCGCACGUCGCCGCUGACGUCGCGGCGGCGCGCCUCCGCGCCCUGUCCGCCCGCGUCAAGGACAUCCUCCGGCACGGCGGCGGCGGCACUGACCCUGGUCCAGCAGAGGGAGGCGGCGGCGGGCGGCCUAGUAGCGAGACCGCGGCGUUGCGCGACUGUGCGAGCACGAUCUCCGCCGCGGCGAGCCUGGCGAGGCAGUCGUCCGCCGAGCUCACCAAGCUGGAGCCGGACCUGGACGCCGCCGCCGGCACGACGUUGCCAGCGUCGUCGUCGUCGUCGUCCGCGGCAGGAGGCGGCGGGAUGAGCAGCAGCAGGCAGGCCAGGUGGGAGGUGUCCAACGCCAAGACGUGGCUCAGCGCCGCGAUGGCCAACGAGGGGACGUGCGCCGACGGACUGGUGGAAGCUGGCGCCACCGCGGCUUCUUCGCCCGCCGGGAAGGAGGUCACCGCCGGCGUGGCGACCGUGAAGCAGUACACGAGCAACGCCCUCGCGCUCGUCAAUGCCAUAACACUGUGA